AAAGAUUUCCGCGGUUUGGUUUGCACGAGCGCGCUACUGACGCAUCGAAAUUUGAAAUUCUCACUUCACAAGUCCACGCUCUCGGUUCAGGGACAGCGCGUGUAGUGCCUGACCAAAUAAAAUAAUUACAAUUUAAAUUAUCUGUUUUGUUGUCGGUUGAAUUUCUCGAUUCUCGAUUCGGAACAAAUUACUCGUGACAGAGAAGUUCCAAUCCAAUAUGGCACCACCAGGCAUUGGUAGCUCUGCGGAACGUCGUUCAGGCUUACCAGAAGGAACAUCGGAACGUCAAAAUAUCGUUGUACUCGAUGGAGGUUUUGCUACUCAGCUGAGCUGUCACGUAUCAACACCAAUCGACGGAGAUGUUCUAUGGAGCGCGAGAUUUUUGGCUUCUGAUCCUGAAGCUGUUAUCGAUACUCAUAUAGACUUUUUAAGAGCCGGAGCUGAUGUUAUUAUCACAAACACAUACCAAGCUGACAUAGAUUUAUUCGUUCAACAUUUACAUGUUACCAAAGAAGAAGCGUACAACCUAAUCAAAGAAGCUGGUAAAAUGGCUCAUACUGCUGUUGAAAGAUUUAUGGAAGAAUUUCCCAAUGCUAAAAAACCCUUGGUAGUUGGUUCAGUAGGACCAUACGGAGCCUCUUUGCACGACGGUUCAGAAUACGAUGGCUCCUACGCGGCAACAACCCCAAUUACUACCAUGAAAGAAUGGCACAUACCCAGAAUCAACGCCCUCGUUGAAGCCGGCGUCGAUUUACUGGCCAUCGAAACAAUUCCUUGUCGAGCUGAAGCUGAAAUGUUGGUCAAGCUGCUUAAAGAGAAAUACCCUCAAACCAAAGCCUGGCUUUCUUUUAGUGUAUCACAAGAUGGUAAAUCCACAGCUUAUGGCGAACCGUUCCAAGACACUGCCAGAGCUUGUUACGACUUAAACCCGGAACAAAUUGUGGCCGUUGGUGUCAAUUGCACCGCCCCUAGAUUGAUUGAAUCUCUUAUUUCUGGUAUAAACAGUAAUAGACCGAAUAACCCUAUUCCUUUGAUUGUCUAUCCUAAUAGCGGAGAAAGUUACAACGUGGAAAUGGGAGAUGAUUCGGCCUCAUUCAGAUGGAUCAACCGUGACAAAUGCGAACCGGUCGAAACCUACAUCGCCAAAUGGCUGGAUCUGGGAGUUACUUGGGUGGGAGGGUGUUGUAGGACCUACGCAAUCGAUGUGACCAGGAUACGUCGCGAAGUGGAGAAAUGGAAACAGGGACACCGGUGUUGAAAACGUUUUACAACUGAAUAUCUUAAGGCUGAAUAUAGCAGCCCUUGAUAAUCUGUGUAACCAUAUAUUUUAGGUGUUAAGUUUUAACAAUAAUCAUGCAUGGAUUUUUUUUUUGUUUUAUUUCAAUUUUGAAUUUGUUCAAGUUACUCAACUUAAGUAUCAAACUGGUUCUUGAUUCCGCUUUUUAUUUGAGAAAAUUGCUAUUUUCUGAAUAAUUGUUAUGCAUAUAUAAGUGGCACUGGCCACUAUGGGUGUCUCUUUGUUUAUUGUCAUAUAUUUUAUAUAUUCUAUACUCUAUAAUUUUAGAGCAAAUCUUCAAAUUGGACUGAAAUAUUGUACCUCUAUCGAUUUUAUAAUGAUAUAUUAUAUUGUUGUUGUACAUGAAUA